AUGAUAUUGGUCGAUUCCAUGCGCCUCAUUCGUUUUCAUCUCCAAGGCGACGCGGCAAGUGACAAGGGGCUGGAUCACGCGCAAACGGACCUCGCGUUGUUCGUCGACUGCGCGGCCGUCGCGGCAUAUGCGUCCAAUUUUCUACUCCAGAUGAGACUGAAUCGUCAUUCGUAUGGCUGCAUGAGCAGCACAGGUUACUGCCCGAUCGUCGCCAUGGAUCAGCAAGGUCCAGCAGUAAAGCAUACCCCAGUCAAGUUCUUGAGCUGCCGCGGCGUCGCGUUCGAGAUCAAGCCCUCUCAGGUCAGCCCCUUCUCUUUUGACGCCGCCGGUGCUGCUGAGCAGCCCCCGGCCGUCCCCAACGGCGGCCGAUGGAUCUGGUUCCCUCCGCCAAUCAACCGCGGAAACUCCACCACGACCUUCCGUUCUGCACUCAGCAGUGCAACAAGCAACCACUUCUGCGACCUUGAGGACAGUGACGACGAUGAGUCCUUCGUGGUCGACGAGAUCGAGGACGACGAGGAGAUGGCUCUUGCAACGGCGGCAUGCGACUUGCGGAACCGGAGCAGGAGGUCUCUCGCAUCGUCGGCUAAGCCUGUCAGGGCGGCGGCGAAAGGGCACUCGCGGCUCGGCGUCAUACUGCUGGACCAGGGCCUGUUCACCGUGUACAAGCGCCUCUUCGUGCUCUGCGUCGCGCUGAACGCGGCGGGACUCGCUGCCGCGGGGACCGGCCAAUUCCCGUACGCCAAGCGUCACGCCGCCGUCUUCGCCAUCUGGAACAUCCUGGCGCUCACGCUGUGCCGCUCCGAGGCGGUGCUGCGCGCAGUCUUCUGGCUCGCGGUCGCCCUCCUCCGCCGGCCAUGGGUGCCUGUCGCCGUCAAGACGGGCGUCACGGCCAUACUCCAGUCCCUCGGCGGGGUCCACAGCGGCUGCGGCGUGUCGUCGCUGGCGUGGCUGGUGUACGCGCUCGUGCGGGCGCUCGAGGAUAACCAGGUGACGCCCCGGGAGAUCGUGGGCGUGGCGUCCGCCAUACUGGCGCUCCUCGCGCUCUCGUGCCUCGCGGCGUUCCCGCUCGUUCGCCACCUCCACCACAACGUGUUCGAGCGCACGCACCGUUUCGCCGGCUGGACCGCGCUCGUGCUGCUCUGGGUCUUCGUCGUGCUCUCCACCGGCUACGACUCGACGACCAGAUCUUACUCUCGGCUCACCGUCGCCACCCUCGCUAAGCGCCAGGAGCUAUGGCUCGCGGCCGCCAUCACCUUCUUCACCUUCCUCCCGUGGCUCUCCGUGCGCCGCGUGCCGGUCACGAUCACCGCCCCGUCCACCCACGCGUCCAUCAUAACUUUCCAGGGUGGCGUCAAGGCUGGCCUGCUCGGCCGCAUCAGCCGCUCCCCGCUCUCCGAGUGGCACGCCUUCGGCAUCAUCUCCGACGACCGGGACACGCACUCCAUGCUCGCCGGCGCGGUCGGAGACUUCACCCGAGGCCUCGUCUCCGACCCGCCCAGCCACCUCUGGGUGCGCAGAGUCCACUUCGCCGGCCUGCCCUACCUCAUCAGCAUGUACCAGAGAGUGACCAUGGUCGCGACGGGCUCAGGCAUAUGCGUGUUUCUGUCGUUCGUGAUGCAACCGAGCUCCGCAGAGGUAUCUGUGGUGUGGGUGGCCAAAGGGAUCGACGCCAACUACGGCGACGAGAUGAGUGCGAUAGUGGCCAACAGCAAGAUGCUUGCAGGGCGUGUGAUCGUGCACGACACGGCGACCAUGGGACGGCCGAACGUCGCGGAGCUGGCCGUCGGCGCAGCGCGACGGUGGAACGCGGAGGCUGUGAUAGUGACCAGCAACCCGGAGGGGAGCAGGGACGUCGUCAGCGGGUGCAAGAAGGCCGGCAUCCCAGCGUUUGGGCCUAUCUGGGAUUCGUGA